CUACUUAAUGGAGUCCCCUCAGAGCAGCUCUGCUCUGGAUCGACUUAUUUUUAACAACACUGUGCUGAGAAGGCUUCCAGUAGAUGUCUCAGACCAGCCGGGCUCCAGGACCGUCCCAGGAGCAUGUUACUCCCAGAUCGCCUCCCUUCAGCCCCUCCUCCGGCCCAGAUUGGUGGCUCUGUCUCAGCCGGCUUUGUCUCUGCUGGGCCUGAAUGUGCAAGACGUCCUGGAUGACCCUCUGGCCCCGGAGUAUUUGAGCGGCUCCAGGCUGCUGCUGGGCUCCCAGGCAGCUGCACACUGCUACUGCGGGCACCAGUUUGGGUUCUUCGCGGGUCAGCUGGGCGAUGGGGCGGUCAUGUACCUAGGGGAGGUGGAGUCGGAUACCUGCGGACGUUGGGAGAUACAAGUGAAAGGUGCAGGGGUCACACCUUACUCCAGAGAAGGUGAUGGCAGAAAGGUGCUUCGCUCCAGCAUCAGAGAGUUCCUCUGCAGUGAAGCCAUGGCCGCCCUUGGGAUCCCCACCACCCGAGCUGCCUCACUUGUCACCUCUGACCUUUACGUCAGUAGAGAUCCUUUAAACAAUGGUCAACGGAUUGAGGAGCGCUGCUCAGUGGUUAUGCGUCUCAAUCCUACUUUCAUCAGGUUCGGCUCCUUUGAGAUCUUCCAGAGCCGAGAUGACUUCUCUGGCCUAGAGGGUCCAAGCGCGGGCCGACAUGACAUCCGUGCCCAGCUGCUGGAUUAUGAUGAAAGUUUCUAUCCACAAAUUCAGCAGGCUCACCAUGACAGGAAGGAAAGAAAUCUGUCGUUUUUCAGAGAGGUGAUGAUGCGGACAGCAAAGCUGGUGGCCCAGUGGCAAUGCGUGGGCUUUUGCCAUGGGGUCCUCAACACAGACAAUAUGAGCAUCCUGGGACUAACUAUGGACUAUGGCCCCUUUGCUUUCAUGGACAGAUUUGAUCCAGACUUUGUCUGCAAUGCCUCUGACAAAAGGAGGCGCUAUUCGUACCAAGCCCAGCCCUCUGUGUGCCGAUGGAACCUGGCCCGUCUGGCUGAAGCGUUGGGCCCUGAGCUGAAGGCUGCAGAUGCCGGAGAGGUUCUUGAUGAUUUCAUGCCAACUUAUGAAGCUUUUUACUUAUCCGGCAUGAGAAAAAAGUUGGGUCUUGUGAGAAAAGAAGAAGCAGAGGACAGAGAGCUUAUAUCGGAGCUUUUCCGGGUCAUGCAUAACACUGGGGCAGAUUUCACAAACACUUUUCGCCUGCUGAGUCGUGUCCCAUGGCCUGAGGAAGGAGAUGAUGAGAAGAUUACUGUGCAGCCAAUGGUGGACCUCAUUGUAGAACAGUGUGCGUCCAUCGAGGAGUUAAAGGUGGCUAAUCAGCCCACAAUGGAUGACCGUGAACUGGCGAUGAUUCUAUCCAUGGCCCAGACCAACCCAGUCAUGUUUGGGAUGGUAGCAGACAGGCAACAGCUGGAGCUAAUGGGCCGACUAAAAGAGCUCCUUGAGACGGAUCAAGAUGAGCUGAGAGAAAAACAGCGGGACGACUGGAGCCGCUGGAUCUGCAGGUACAGGAGGCGUUUAGCCCGAGAGUCUGACUGCACAAGUGACAAGCACCUAGUUAAACAAGAAAGGCUCAGAGUGAUGAGCAGCAGCAAUCCUCGGGUGGUGCUUCGCAACUAUAUUGCACAGAACGCCAUUCAAGCUGCAGAAAAAGGAGACUUCUCUGAGGUCAACAGAGUUCUGAAAAUUUUGGAGAAGCCGUACCUGGAUCCUGAACCUUUGUCUGGACAAGAUGCAGCAUGUGGUGAACAGGAGGAUCAGGAGAGGUGGUUUCCUGAUAAAUACGACGCUAAGCCUCCAGCCUGGGCUUCAAAGAUUUGCAUCACUUGAUCCACAUAGAGCCUCCCCAGACUGAAGGAGAGUCUGUUUUCACUGCUGGACUACAUUUCCCAUAACUAAUCUCUAAAUCUUAAACAUAACAUAGAUGUGAGGGAAAGGUUUGUACCAGUCACACUGUCAGACUCUCCUCUGUUGCAUGAAGGGGAAGCGGCUAUUUUAUGGUGUGUUCAGCCCUUCAUUCUUGCAGAAUUAGUUUGAUCAUUUUGGAGAUUUGAGUAAAAUUACAUCAUCAAAGUUAAUUUUAGAAAAGAAGUGAAAUCCUAAAUAUAACAGUCCUCGAAAUUAUUGGCACCCAUGAUGUUGAUUUUUAAAAACCCUUUAAUUAUUACAGUAGCUGAAUUUUCAAUUGAAAAACACAGAAAAAGAGAUAUUUUAAAAGAUUUUCUUGACAAUCCUGAUGAAAAGAUGAGAGUAGCCGGGUUUCCAUCCAACUGAAGUUGAUAUAAUAAGAGACCUUUUCAAAGACCUAAAGAAAAGGAAAUGCAAAUUUGCUAUAUUUUCUGUUUGCUUAAACAAGCGACUUGAAGCGUAAUAUUAUGUUCUAGACCACCGUAAGUGGU